CAAUGCAAUUUAUUUCCGAAGAAAAUCUGUAUUUUCAUCUUUAUCCCACAUCCACGCCGUGAGGUAAUCAUGUGAUAACAUAAUCUGUUGCUCCAAAAUUCUGUCGGUUAUUCUCCGGCAAUCGAUUGAAAGUACCAACAGAAAUCAUGAUUUCAAUCAUCUGAAACACCCCAUCAUUUCAAAAUCCAUACGAUUUCACAAGAUGGAUCCUAAACACGAUCAACGUUCAAUCGACAUAUCAACCGACACACAAACCACCGAGAAAAACUAUGUUGCGAGCAAAGUAUGCGCAGGAGCAGCAUGCGGAUUCUCAGACGCCAAAACCAGCUCAAAAGACGCAGAAGAACGCUCAUCGUCCACAUGGAAGCUAUUAGCCAGUGUCGUAAUCUGUUUCCUCUUCAUGGCGGUUGAAGUAGUCGGAGGACUCAAAGCAAACAGUCUCGCAAUCUUAACAGACGCAGCCCAUUUGUUAUCCGAUGUUGCAGCCUUCGCUAUCUCAUUGUUCUCGGUUUGGGCUUCCGGAUGGGAAGCUACGCCUCAACAAUCCUAUGGUUUUUUCAGAAUCGAGAUUCUUGGAACGUUGGUUUCGAUCCAGAUGAUAUGGUUACUUACCGGUAUCCUUGUUUACGAAGCCGUUGAUAGACUUGUUCAUGGUACAGUUGCGGUUGAAGGCGGUCUCAUGUUUAUAAUCUCGACCGUCGGAUUGUUUGUUAACGUUUUCAUGAUUUUCAUACUCGGACAUGAUCAUGGUCAUGGACAUCAUCACGGGCAUCAUGAUCAUAACCACGAAGACGAGGGCACGCACGUUCAUGGGCUUAGCGUGCACCGUCAUCAGCAUACCGAAACUCACGAACCUCUAUUGGAAAACAAGACGAAAAGGAGUAAUAUAAACGUUCAAGGCGCAUAUCUUCAUGUGCUCGGGGACUUGAUCCAGAGUAUCGGUGUAAUGAUUGGGGCCGCAAUCAUAUGGUACAAUCCCAAAUGGAAAGUUGUUGAUCCGAUAUGCACGCUUUUGUUUUCCGUUAUAGUGUUGUACACGACGAUAAACAUGUUGCGCGAUAUUCUAGAGGUCUUGAUGGAGAGUACACCGCGAGAGAUUGAUGCAACGCGGUUAGAGAACGGUCUUUGUGAGAUUGAUGAAGUUGUCGCGAUUCAUGAGUUGCAUAUUUGGGCGAUUACAGUCGGGAAAGUUUUGUUAGCGUGUCAUGUGAAGAUCAGGCGCGAGGCGAAUGCGGAUAUGGUGUUGGAUAAGGUUGUUGAUUACAUUAGAAGGGAGUAUAAUAUCAGUCAUGUGACUAUCCAGAUUGAGAGAGAAUAAGAAUCAGAAUAAAAACAUGUUCUGUUUUUUCAGAUUUGGUCUUUUGUUGUUAUUUUGUGAGUUUCAGUGGAACAUAUGGUGCAUCUCAUGGGGUUAGUUGAUGUUGUUUUGUUA